CGGGGGUUUAUGAGGAGGCCGGGGGAGCGUUGGGGCAGAUUUGCACUCAGGGCCACCUGAGGGACUUGUCGGUGGUUCUCAGCUCUGUCCCUUCCACUCGUAGAGACACGGUUGUCGUCUGGGAGUAGGGAACUCUUUGGAGGGGUGGGUUGUCGGGAGGACAUUUCUCUGGCAGCGCUUGAGGCAAGGUGUGGAGGGGCAGGACUGGGGGUGGGGCCGGGUCGCCAGGGCGUCUGUGAGGGAAGACCCCCGCCCCCCCCGAGCCCCCCACCGCACAUCUACACUGGCUGACUGGACACUAAGAUGGCUGCCGUUGCCAUGACACCCAACCCUGUGCAGACCCUUCAGGAGGAGGCGGUGUGCGCCAUCUGCCUCGAUUACUUCACGGACCCGGUGUCCAUCGGCUGCGGGCACAACUUCUGCCGAGUGUGUGUAACCCAGUUGUGGGGUGGGGAGGAUGAGGAGGACAGGGAUGAGUUGGACCGGGAGGAGGAGGAGGAGGACGGAGAGGAGGAGGAAGUGGAGGCUGUGGGGGCCGGCGGGGGGUGGGACACCCCCAUGCGGGACGAAGAUUAUGAGGGCGACAUGGAGGAGGAGGUCGAGGAGGAAGAGGAGGGUGUGUUCUGGACCGGUGGCAUGGGUGGGUCCAACUGGGACAACAUGGACUACGUGUGGGAGGAGGAGGACGAGGAGGAAGACCUGCACUACUAUUUGGGGGACAUGGAGGACCUGAGGGGGGAGGACGAGGAGGAUGAGGAGGAAGUGCUGGAGGAGGACGAGGAAGAGGAGCUAGACCCCGUCACCCCACUGCCCCCGCCUCCAGCCCCUCGGAGGUGCUUCACCUGUCCCCAGUGCCGAAAGAGCUUUCCUCGGCGGAGCUUCCGCCCCAACCUGCAGCUGGCCAACAUGGUUCAGGUGAUUCGGCAGAUGCACCCAACCCCUGGUCGAGGGAGCCGUGUGAAUGAGCAGGGCAUCUGUCCCAAACACCAAGAAGCUCUGAAGUUGUUCUGCGAGGUGGAUGAAGAAGCUAUCUGUGUGGUGUGCCGAGAAUCUAGGAGCCACAAACAGCACAGCGUGGUCCCACUGGAGGAGGUGGUACAGGAGUACAAGACCAAACUGCAGGGGCAUGUGGAACCUCUUAGGAAGCACCUGGAGGCUGUGCAAAAGAUGAAGGCCAAGGAGGAGAGGCGGGUGACAGAGCUAAAGAGCCAGAUGAAGGCAGAGCUGGCAGCUGUGGCCUCAGAGUUUGGGCGACUCACACGGUUUCUGGCUGAAGAGCAGGCAGGGCUUGAACGGCGCCUCCGAGAGAUGCAUGAAGCUCAGUUGGAACGUGCUGGAACAGUGGCCAGCCGCCUUGCCGAACAGGCUGCCCAGCUGAGCCGCCUGCUGGCUGAGGCUCAGGAGCGGAGUCAGCAGGGGGGCCUGAGACUGCUACAGGACAUCAAGGAGACUUUCAAUAGGUGUGAAGAGGUACAGCUGCAGCCCCCAGAGAUCUGGUCCCCUGACCCGUGCCAACCCCAUAGCCAUGACUUCCUGACAGAUGCCAUCGUGAGGAAAAUGAGCCGGAUGUUCUGUCAGGCUGCGAGAGUGGACCUGACGCUGGAUCCUGACACGGCUCACCCAGCCCUGAUGCUGUCCCCUGACCGCCGGGGGGUCCGCCUGGCAGAACGGCGGCAAGAGGUUGCUGACCAUCCCAAGCGCUUCUCGGCUGACUGCUGCGUACUGGGGGCCCAGGGCUUCCGCUCUGGUCGGCACUACUGGGAGGUAGAGGUGGGCGGGCGGCGGGGCUGGGCGGUGGGUGCUGCCCGUGAAUCAACCCAUCAUAAAGAAAAGGUGGGCUCCGGGGGGUCCUCUCUGGGCAGCGGGGAUGCCAGCUCCUCACGCCAUCACCAUCGCCGUCGCCGGCUCCAUCUGCCCCAGCAGCCCCUGCUCCAGCGGGAAGUGUGGUGUGUGGGCACCAACGGCAAACGCUACCAGGCACAGAGCUCAACAGAGCAGACACUGCUGAGUCCAAGUGAGAAACCACGGCGCUUUGGUGUAUACCUGGACUAUGAGGCCGGGCGCCUGGGCUUCUACAAUGCGGAGACUCUAGCCCACGUACAUACGUUCUCAGCUGCCUUUCUGGGCGAGCGUGUCUUCCCUUUCUUCCGGGUGCUAUCCAAGGGCACCCGCAUCAAGCUUUGUCCUUGAUCAGCCUACCACCCGCAGGGGCCCCUCUGGUCAGCACUGGGGGGGCGGGUGGUGGUGGAUGGUGGCCCGUAAGUUUGGGGGCUGAAAGGCUCCUCCCACGUUUGUUACUGCGUUGCUUCCUGCUCCCCCUUGACCCCAGGCCCCUGCUUCUCCCUCUAGGAGCCUAAAGAACCUUCCUGGCCUCAAGCUCGGCCUACUCUCACCUACUGUCUGUCCAACAGGUCUGCAUGGGUCCCUGAUAAUGAGAACAGCUGCCUGGUCUUCCCUUCCUGUCUGCCUAGCCCAGUCCAGCCCUGGGGUCUAACUUUGGGGGAUGAGAACUGAUUGUAAUUUCAUUCUUUUUUUCCCCACCCCUACUCUUAAACCUUUUCAGUUCUGAGGCUGGAAGGUUUGGGCAAGACUCAUAACAUCCCCAUUCCAAUUCCAUCUUCUGGUGCAAUUUUUAGCUAAGGAUUUGGAAGUUGUUUCAGGGAGGCAGGCUGGGCAAAAGGGUAGAGCUGGGUAAAGAAAUGUCUACUCUCCUGGGGAAAUUGGAGGGAUUCUAAAACUUUCCUUCCAUCCCCAAUUUCUACCUCCAUAGACCGGCCAGAAUUUAGCUUCAGUGAGAGAUCUGGGAUGGUCAACAUGAUUGAAACUACAUACCAUUACAUCACCCAAUAAAUUAUUUUCUCCCCCUUUUCCAACACUGAAUCUAGGAGCAAAGCUCAACUCACCCUACCCCUCUGUCUUUUCACACUGCCAGGCUUCUUUAACCCUUUGUUCAAUGGAGUUACUUUUGUCAGUUUCCAGCCUUUCCCCAUUCUUUUUAGUUUCCUCCAUUUGGCAAAGCCUGAUGGGGAGCCUGGGGACAGGGACAGGGGUUUGGAUCCCCGGGAGGAGAGCCUUGGGUAUAAUCUAUUUUUCUAGUAACCCCUUGCCUUCUGUCACUUAUCAGCUUUUGUCCUCUGCUUUGAUGGCUGAGGUCAAUUCAUGUUCUUGGGGGAAAGGGAAGGUGGAUUGUGUUGCAGAAAUAAAAAUGUUUAUUUCCUUC